AUGUUUGCUCUACUACGACUGGCACACCUGAUGACCGGCGAUGGUGCUGGCAAAGGGCACCUCGCUGGUCGCUCAAUGACGGAACCAGUCGAGGGGAGUGAUAAAACCGGGUUCAUUGCCAUGGGUGUGAUUGCACUCUUUUCGUUCAUUGCGGCCUUUGGCCUUUUGUCUUUCCUUACCUACCGCAUGAUUUUCUGGCGACGAUACUAUAAACGGCCUCUGUCUGACAACCAAUACGUCGUCCUGAUUUACAACCUCCUGAUUGUCGAUAUUCAACAAGCAACAGCGUUCCUGAUAUGUCUCCACUGGCUUGCCAAGGGCCAUGUUUACUAUCCGAGUGCACCCUGUGUCCUUCAAGGGUGGUGGAUCCAAACGGGUGAUCCUGGAAGUGGUUUGUUUGUGUUGGCGAUUGCACUUCACACGGGUGCCGUCGUCCUACGAGGACGACAACUCCCGUACCCGCUUUUUGUGGCUAGUGUUGUUGGAUUGUGGCUCUUCAUUAUCAUCCUGGGAUUGGUCCCCGUGGGGAUGUUUGGUUCGGAGACCUUUGUGAUCUCUGAGGCCGGCUGGUGCUGGAUCGGACCGAAUCAUGAGACCGAACGUCUUUAUGUACACUAUCUCUGGAUUUUCCUUGCCGAAUUUGGCACCGUCGUUCUCUACGGUGUCAUGUUCUUCUACCUGCGACGCCGAAUGAAGCAGGCCGCCACGCUCCGACAAAACCACCAAGAGAACCUGAAGCGAUUGAACCGGGUCGUCAUUUACAUGGUUAUCUACCCGCUUGUAUAUCUGGUACUUUCUCUUCCGCUGGCGGCCGGUCGAAUGUCAACGGCUCGACAUGUUAUCCCGAGUCGAGCGUAUUUCGCAGUGGCCGGAUCGCUGAUGGCGCUGUCUGGAUUCGUGGAUGUGCUGGUGUACACGCUUACCCGCCGCCACUUGCUGCUGGAGACCGAGCUCAGCACUACGGAUCAGAUGUAUGCCUACACGGAGUCUCAGGCAUACCAAACACACAUCACUACGGGCGAUGGCAAGAAGAUGCGCGUCAAAUCCCGGUUCCGACGAAACCACGGCAUGCAGACGAUCGACGACACGGUCAACGACAACCGCGACUCCUCCACCGAAGACAUUGUGCGCAAGACGGACAUGGAGCUGGCGGAGCUGGGCCAUGGCGUGUACCAGGAGACGACGAUUGAGAUUUCGCACGAGCCAGCGGAUCCGGAAGAGUUUCAGAAGAGGGGACGAGUGAGCGGAUGA